AUGAAGAACUUCAUUCUCUUGGCCGUCUCCUCCAUCCUGCUGGUGGACUUGCUCCCCACACACUUCGAACAUAAUGUAGAUCUCUCCAGGGCCAUAAAUGUAAAUGGAGUAAGCUUCAAUAAUGUAGACACCAGUUCACUUGGCGCAGCACAGGUGAGACAAAGUGCUAGCCGAGGCAGAGGACUUGGUGAGAAGCCAAAAGAAGGAGCUGAUAAAGAAAAGAAAAAAGAAAAAGGAAAAGAAAAAGAAGAAGAACCAAAGAAGCCAAAUGAAAAUAAGCUGAAACAACCGAAUGAAGGACAACCACAAGCACAGGGUGAUGGAGCAAAUGCAGGACAACCACAAGCACAAGGAGAUGGAGCAAAUGCAGGACAACCACAAGCACAGGGUGAUGGAGCAAAUGCAGGACAACCACAAGCACAGGGUGAUGGAGCAAAUGCAGGACAACCACAAGCACAAGGAGAUGGAGCAAAUGCAGGACAACCACAAGCACAGGGUGAUGGAGCAAAUGCAGGGCAACCACAAGCACAGGGUGAUGGAGCAAAUGCAGGACAACCACAAGCACAAGGAGAUGGAGCAAAUGCAGGACAACCACAAGCACAAGGAGAUGGAGCAAAUGCAGGACAACCACAAGCACAGGGUGAUGGAGCAAAUGCAGGACAACCACAAGCACAGGGUGAUAGGGCGAAUGCAGGACAACCACAAGCACAAGGAGAUGGGGCAAAUGUACCACGACAAGGAAGAAACGGGGGAGGUGCACCAGCAGGAGGAAAUGAGGGGAAUAAACAAGCAGGAAAAGGACAGGGACAAAACAAUCAGGGUGCGAAUGCCCCAAAUGAAAAAGUUGUGAAUGAUUACCUACACAAAAUUAGAUCUAGCGUUACCACCGAGUGGACUCCAUGCAGUGUAACCUGUGGAAAUGGUGUAAGAAUUAGAAGAAAAGCUCAUGCAGGUAAUAAAAAGGCAGAGGACCUUACUAUGGAUGACCUUGAGGUGGAAGCUUGUGUAAUGGAUAAGUGCGCUGGCAUAUUUAACGUUGUGAGUAAUUCAUUAGGCUUAGUCAUAUUGUUAGUCCUAGCAUUAUUCAAUUAA